CCCCCAAAUUCCUGGGUUUAUAAACAAAGAAAAGAAUGAAAACUAGAGCCUAUUUCCUUAGUUAGGUGGUGGUGUCCAGAUUCAGUGUUCACAACCCAACUGAGGGCUCCUUUCUUUGACCACGCAGGUUCAUCUCUGCAAGGCCAGGUGACAACUUCUGCUCUUCUUGUGGAUUACUUGGUUUACAAGACGCUGCCAGUGAGACUUCGCGUUUACACAGCUGGAACCCGAGCCUCCUCAGUUUUGUACUUGCAUGUGCUGGUGGAAGUUUGGCGCUUGUUGGAGCUACUGUUUACGUGGACAUUGUGAGCCAUUUUGAACUUAAGGCACUGACGCUGCUAGCAAUGAGCUCCCAAAGCCAUCCAGAUGGACUUUCUGGCCGAGACCAGCCGGUGGAGCUGCUGAAUCCUGCCCGUGUGAACCACAUGCCCAGCUCAGUGGACGUGGCUACAGCGCUGCCUCUGCAAGUAGCCCCUGCAGCAGUACCCAUGGAUCUACGCCUGGACCACCAGUUCUCGCUGCCCUUGGAACCCGCACUGCGGGAACAGCAGCUGCAGCAGGAGCUUCUAGCACUGAAACAGAAGCAGCAGAUCCAGCGGCAGAUCCUCAUUGCAGAGUUCCAGCGGCAACACGAGCAGCUGUCCCGGCAGCAUGAGGCCCAGCUACAUGAACAUAUCAAGCAGCAGCAGGAGAUGCUGGCCAUGAAGCACCAGCAGGAGCUGCUGGAGCACCAGCGGAAACUGGAGCGGCACCGGCAGGAACAGGAGCUGGAGAAGCAGCACCGGGAGCAGAAGCUGCAGCAGCUCAAGAACAAGGAGAAGGGCAAAGAGAGUGCUGUGGCGAGCACAGAGGUGAAGAUGAAACUGCAGGAGUUUGUUCUCAACAAGAAGAAGGCUCUGGCUCACCGGAACCUGAACCACUGCAUUUCCAGUGAUCCCCGUUACUGGUAUGGGAAGACACAGCACAGCUCCCUUGACCAGAGCUCUCCACCCCAGAGUGGGGUAUCAGCCUCCUACAACCAUCCAGUUUUGGGAAUGUACGACGCCAAAGAUGAUUUCCCUCUUAGGAAAACAGCUUCUGAACCUAACCUGAAAUUACGGUCAAGGCUUAAGCAGAAAGUAGCUGAGAGACGGAGCAGCCCCCUGUUGCGCAGGAAAGAUGGCCCUGUAGCCACUGCUCUUAAAAAGCGACCCCUGGAUGUCACAGAUUCCGCGUGCAGCAGUGCUCCUGGCUCUGGUCCCAGCUCACCCAAUAGCAGCUCUGGCAACGUCAGCACUGAGAAUGGCAUCACACCUACUGUGCCGAGCGCUCCAUCUGAGACAAGCUUGGCACAUAGACUUGUGACUCGAGAAGGCUCAGUCGCCCCACUCCCUCUCUACACAUCACCAUCCUUACCCAACAUUACCUUGGGACUUCCUGCCACUGGCCCUGCUGCUGGUGCAGCAGGCCAGCAGGAUGCUGAGAGGCUUGCUCUCCCAGCCCUCCAGCAGCGGAUCUCCUUGUUCCCUGGCACCCACCUCACCCCGUACCUAAGCACCUCGCCCCUGGAGCGGGACGGCGGAGCAGCUCACAACCCCCUCCUGCAGCACAUGGUCCUGUUGGAGCAGCCACCCACCCAGACGCCCCUCGUCACAGACUGGUAUCUUUCAGGCCUGGGGGCACUGCCCCUCCACACACAGUCCCUGGUUGGUGCGGACAGGGUGUCCCCAUCCAUUCACAAGCUGAGGCAGCACCGCCCCCUGGGGCGCACACAGUCAGCACCCCUGCCACAGAAUGCACAAGCCCUGCAGCACCUGGUGAUCCAGCAGCAGCACCAGCAGUUCCUGGAGAAGCACAAGCAACAGUUCCAGCAGCAGCAACUGCACCUCAGCAAGAUGAUCUCCAAACCCAGUGAGCCACCUCGGCAGCCUGAGAGCCACCCCGAGGAGACAGAGGAGGAGCUCCGUGAACACCAGGCUUUGCUGGAUGAGCCCUACUUAGACCGGCUCCCUGGGCAGAAGGAGCCUUCCCUAGCUGGUGUGCAGGUGAAGCAGGAGCCCAUUGAGAGUGAAGAGGAGGAAGUGGAGCCCACUCGAGAGGUGGAACCCAGCCAGCGCUCAGCCACUGAGCAGGAGCUGCUCUUCAGACAGCAAGCUCUCCUGCUGGAGCAGCAGAGGAUCCACCAGCUAAGGAACUACCAGGCGUCUAUGGAGGCUGCCGGCAUUCCUGUAUCGUUUGGCAGCCACAGACCUCUGUCCCGGGCACAGUCCUCCCCGGCAUCUGCCACCUUCCCCAUGUCAGUCCAGGAACCCCCCACCAAACCAAGGUUCACCACAGGCCUUGUAUAUGACACGCUGAUGUUGAAGCAUCAGUGCACCUGUGGGAACACCAACAGCCACCCAGAGCAUGCUGGGAGGAUCCAGAGCAUCUGGUCCCGCCUGCAGGAGACUGGCCUCCGUGGCAAGUGUGAGUGCAUCCGAGGACGCAAGGCCACUUUGGAAGAGCUACAGACAGUGCACUCAGAGGCCCACACACUCCUCUAUGGCACAAACCCUCUCAACAGACAGAAACUGGACAGUAAGAAACUUCUAGGCUCACUUACCUCCGUGUUUGUCAGGCUUCCUUGUGGUGGUGUUGGGGUGGAUAGCGACACCAUAUGGAAUGAGGUGCACUCGUCCGGGGCAGCCCGCCUGGCUGUAGGCUGUGUAGUGGAGCUGGUCUUCAAGGUGGCCACGGGAGAGCUGAAGAAUGGCUUUGCUGUGGUCCGUCCCCCAGGACACCAUGCCGAGGAGAGCACACCCAUGGGCUUCUGCUACUUUAACUCCGUGGCAGUUGCUGCCAAACUUCUCCAGCAGAGGCUGAACGUAAGCAAGAUUCUCAUUGUGGACUGGGAUGUGCACCAUGGAAAUGGGACCCAGCAGGCCUUCUACAAUGACCCCAAUGUUCUCUACAUAUCCCUGCACCGCUAUGACGAUGGGAACUUCUUCCCAGGAAGUGGAGCACCAGAUGAGGUGGGCACAGGGCCAGGCGUGGGUUUCAAUGUCAACAUGGCUUUCACGGGUGGCCUCGAACCCCCCAUGGGAGAUGCAGAGUACCUGGCGGCCUUCAGAACGGUGGUCAUGCCAAUCGCAAAUGAGUUUGCCCCCGAUAUGGUUCUGGUGUCAUCAGGCUUUGAUGCUGUGGAGGGCCACCCCACACCUCUUGGAGGGUACAAUCUCUCUGCCAAAUGUUUUGGGUACCUGACAAAGCAGCUGAUGGGCUUAGCUGGUGGCCGGAUUGUGCUGGCUCUUGAGGGAGGUCAUGACCUGACAGCCAUCUGUGAUGCUUCCGAAGCGUGUGUUUCUGCUCUGCUGGGAAAUGAGCUUGAGCCUCUGCCAGAAAAGGUUCUACAGCAGAGACCCAAUGCCAAUGCCAUCCACUCCAUGGAGAAAGUGAUGGACAUCCACAGCAAGUACUGGCGCUGCCUGCAGCGCUUGUCCUCCACAGUGGGGCACUCUCUGAUUGAGGCGCAGAAGUGUGAAAAUGAAGAAGCCGAGACAGUCACCGCCAUGGCUUCGCUAUCUGUAGGCGUAAAACCUGCUGAGAAGAGGUCUGAGGAGGAGCCCAUGGAGGAGGAACCACCACUGUAGCCCCAACGCUGCUGUUCUCUCCUUUGUUUGUCUGUCUUGAAGCUCAGCCAAGAAACUUUCCCGUGUCACUCCUGCAUCCUGCCUUGGUGCUCUCUCUGAGUGCAAAGGGACACCAGGCGUACAGCAGCAACGGGAGGCCUUUCCGCCACCCUGGACCACAGGUCUGGAGACGCACACGAACACCAGGUGUGGCAGAUCACAUGGAACACAGGACAGCGCGCAACACGGGCACACAGACAUGCGGAAGCCAAGCACACGCUGGUGGGUUCCCCCGGGGAAGCCCCGAAGGAAGAAGCCUGUGGCAACUUGGGCAGAGUUGCUGAAUCGAGUUGACAUGAGGAAAAUGAAAAUCAAAGAUCUAAUAAUACAGAACAAACUUGAUUAAAACUGGUGCUUAACAUUUGAUUCUUACCCACAAUCCCACAGUCUCCGUGUAAACCACUCAACUCAUCUUGUAGCUUUUUUUUUUUUUAAACAGAGUUUUCUAUGGCUCUGGCCUGCCUUGUGAACCUUAGUGGGGUGCUGUGGGGUUCACAGCUUAGUGAGGGACAGAGUUGAAAGAAACUUUAAAGAAAAAAAAACUGGACAGAACAGAAUUGUGAGCCUGGGAGUCAGCUGGAGCUUCUCGAAGCCAUCGGAAGAUGCGAGUUUGUGCCUUUUUUUAUUGCUCUGAUGGAUUUUUUUUUCUUUUUUCUUUUCUUU